AUGCAGGGUUCAACAGAGAAAACUACGUUGGAGGAGCGAAUGAUACAAAGGCGCUCGAGUCUCCCCAGUUUGCAGUUGCCGAGUAACUCAAGCAUCCCCCCUUUGUCUAAAAACAGUUCGUUUGCAGAGGGCAGAGUUGUCUCGGACCCGAAGUUGUGGACUGAACGUUUUAACGACGUCUUCCACGUACCACCUGCUCAUACAUCCCCGGAGGCUAACUGUCCGAGGGGGCCAAACAAGUCUGAGGAAAAGUCACCCACACCCGAGGUGACGUGCUGCGGUCUUUUUUUUUAG